AGGAGCUGUCACAGCUCCGCCUCUCCAGCUUUGUAAAUCACAUUUCACAAUCACUACUCCACCCCCAAAAACUCCGUCUCUCUCCGAUAGACUGAACAACUGGACGGCUGAGAUUGGCCGGAUGGCAUCGGCGGCGCCGGCGAACAAGAUCGAGCGGGCCCACCUCAUGUACCGGGAAGGGAGGUACCAGGAGGCCCUGGGAUUCUACACCGAAGCCCUAUCCAUGGCCAAGACCAAACCCCAGAAGAUUGCCCUCCACAGCAACAGAGCCGCUUGCUUCCUCAAGCUUCACGAUUUCAAAAAGGCUGCAGAGGAAUGUACCUCAGUGCUUGAGCUUGAUUACAAUCACACUGGAGCAUUGAUGUUGCGGGCUCAGACCCUGGUGACACUAAAGGAGUACCGCUCAGCACUCUUUGAUGUUAAUAGGCUCAUAGAGUUAAAUCCAUCAUCCGAAGUGUAUCAGAACCUUGAAGCUCGUUUAAGGACGCAAGUGUCACUGGCUCCAAUACCCGAGUCCGAAGCAGAGCUAGAAGAAGAGGAAGAAGAAGAGGAUGAAGCAGAGCCAAAUAGAUAUGGGGAGAGAGAAGAGCAAUAUAUAGGAAAAGAAGAUGUUGUAGUACCUUCGAGGGAAGGAAGGGAUCAGCUUGCUGAGGUUAAUAGGACUACUAUUGCAGAUGUCAUCCCACUCAAGACGCCAACCAACAAGGACUCUGCUGAAGAAGUAAGGGAUCCAAAAGAAAACUCUAUUAAGACUACUUCCCCGGCUGAAGUUACACCAGAUAACAUCAAAUUAUCACCUGAAAAAGAAAAGGGAUGGCAAGCAAUCCCAAAACCGAAGGGACACUCUUCUCUGGACUAUGGACGGUGGGACAGUGUGGAAGAUGACUCUAGCGAAGAUGAUGACGAUGAUGAUGAGGAAGAGUCUCGACCACAGUAUCGGUUCCGUGUAAAAACUGUUGGUGUUCGGCCGGUAAAGUGAAGAGAAAAUUAUACACAGUACUCAAACCAGACAGUCAUGAUCAUAGUGAGUUCAAGAUUGAAAAGAUCUGGUGGUUUCAUAUGCUGAGAUUUUUAUAGCUAUGAGAAUCCAUCUUUGACAUGUUAGCGAGCUUGACAAUUGUAUGGUCAUAAGAAUCAGGAUUUUGCAUUUUGUCCAGUUCAGUUGGAUUCGUCGAAUCUGUGCAGUUGUAUAUUACGCUCUGCCAUUUUCGAAUUAUACAUGCUGCAGCACAGAAAUAAGGGGAAGCUCGGUCUUCAAUUGAGAUCAAACUUGCACGGAUUGAGUAUUGCUUAUGAGCGUCAGGCAAUCAUUGCUACUUUGAUGUAAUUAUGUACUGUUGUACAUUGUCUGUGAUGCUUGCAUGAAAGCGUUGAAAUUGGGAUGU